AUGAGACAGAGUGGUUGGAGCUACAGCUGCAGAGGCUAGUGGUAUUUAUUCUUUACCAGCAACAUCAUCCUCUCAGUUAAAGACAAACACAGGCGAGGAGAGAUACGAAGGAGGCAUUGUCAAAGAUCAAGCAACCAGCAGUGAUCAUGCGGAUGUUGGUGGCGCUUCUGAUAUUAGGAAUUGUGGAUGUGAACCUUAGCCAGCAUCACAGCUCGUUCCAGUGGCUGUCCCAGCUACGAAGACGGUGGCAGAAUGCAGGUUGGCAGGCUGAGGGCAUAGACUGCCCCCUGGAGUGCGACUGCCCUGCAUCUUACCCCACAGCCAUGUACUGCCACAGCCGCAACCUUCAGCACAUCCCUUACGUUCCGUCGCAUGUAAAGUAUGUGUAUCUGCAGCGGAACCAGAUCACGGGCAUCCAGAAUGGGGUGUUUGACAACGCUACUAACCUAGCUUGGGUAGUAUUGUCUCAUAACAAGCUCACCUCGGACAAAAUCAGCAGCAGUGUCUUUACAAAGUUAGAAAAUCUGGAUCGGCUCUACCUGGAUCACAAUGAACUUACCAGUGUGCCUGAUAAAUUACCCAAGUCUGUCACAGACCUGAGGCUUGCUCACAACAAGAUCGCAAAAGUUCUUUCCAACACGUUCAAGGGAAUGACCAACCUGACCACCCUUGAGCUGCAGGGAAAUGUCAUAGAAGACAUAGAAGGUGGCUUUAAGGGACUAAAGUCUUUGACCAUGCUGGACAUGAGAAAAAACAAGCUGAGAAAAAUCCCAGAAACCCUCCCUGAGAGGCUACAGCAGCUCUACCUAGAGUUUAAUAACAUUGAGGAGGUGCCAGCUGGUUUCCUCACCACACAUCCCAAUCUGCAGUUUGUCCGGUUGGCUCACAACACCCUGACUGAUAAAGGACUUCCAUCUCAUGUCUUCAACACCAGCUCACUCGUUGAGCUCGACCUGUCCUUUAACAAACUGGAAAAGAUCCCUCUUAUCAAUAGGAACCUGGAGAACCUCUACUUACAAGCCAAUAAGAUCAAAGAGUUUUCCCUGAGCAGUUUCUGCGGCACCAUCGACGUGACAAACUUUUCCAAGCUGAGGGUACUGCGUUUGGACGCCAAUGAGAUCCGUGCCAGAGACAUUCCUGCCGAAGCUGCCUAUUGUUUGCGGCACGUUGCUUUCAUUGAUGUCUAA